AUGGCAAGCAAUUAUGAUGAAUAUGGCGACGAGCAGAAAUAUCAACAACAACAGCAGCAGCCGCAAGAACAAGAUCAAAAGAUUCUUCAGAAUGUAAUACUACAGUUGGCAAAGGAUAGAGCACAAACUGACCUUGAACUGAAGCAGUUUGAAGGUGAGCAAGCUCAGUUGCAAGAAGAAGAAAAGAGAAACAAAACACGUAUUGAAGAAGUACAAAAUCUAAUACAAGCUAAGAAAGUUGAACAACAAAGAUUGGACGAAGUUAUUAAAGAACUUCAAGAUAAACAAGAACAACUUCAACAGGAAGUGGCAAAACUACAAGAAAUGUACGAAGAAAAUAAAGAACGAUUCGAUCAAAUUAAAACCGAAUUGGAAAAACUGAGAGAACAGUUGCAAAAGUGUCAAGAUGAGAAGGAACAAUUAGAAGAACAGAGUCAACAGCUGGAAAAGGAAAAACAACAGAUAGAAUUAAAAAUAAAUCAAAUUCAACUGCAAAUUAAUCAAUUAGAACAAGAUAUUAAAACAAAACAAGAAGACUUGCGUCAAAUUGCAGCUGAAAUUCGUCGUGCUCAGGAGGAAAUUCGAGAAAUUCAAGAGGAUAUACGAAGAAAUGAGGUGGAAAUAAAGAAAACGGAAGAAAAAAUUCAAGAAAAUGAACGAGUAAUUGAAAAACUUGAGCAUGAAAUUGAGCAAACAGAAAUUCAAAUUCAGACUAUUCAAGAUUUAAUUGAGAAAAUCAAAGGAAUCAUUGAACUGAAGAAAGGAGAUGAAAAAAAGCUUAAAGAAGAGCAGGAAAAAUUAAUGGUGGAAAUAAAGCGGGCGGAAGCACAAUUAACUCCGAUUCGACAACGAAUAGAACAGUUGAAUCAAACGUUGAAUCAGUUACGGCAACAAAUCCAACCACUGGAAAAUAGAGCAACUGAGCUGGCUAAUCAACUGCAAAAAUUACAGCAAGAAUUUAGCAACUUGAAUAAACAAGUCGAAGAAUUAAGUCGUCAAGUUGCACAGAAGCAGACAGAAUGUGCUCAACUAAAACAACAAGAACAACAGGCCAACCAGACAUUCGAAGCCAAGAAAAACGAGCACACUCAAGCUGAGCGAGAUAAACAGACACUGCAACAGGAACAGCAGAGACUAGAAACUGACCGCAGCAAUCUGCAACAGCAGUCAAACAUUCUGGAAACUGCUAACAAUUCAGCUCACGAUCAGCUAAAAAACGAGAAGGAAAAAUAUAAACAAUGUGAAACUGUUCUGAGAACAGCUGAAAGACAGCAGAAAAAGGCUGAAGAUGAUUUACGUGGACAAGAGCAGAAGGAAACAUCAGCCAGACAGGCACUCCAAGACUGUCAACAGAAAGAAUUGGAAGCUAAACGAGGACGUGAGCAAGCCGAACAAGAAGAACGUAGCGCACAGGCAGAAUUAGAAAGAUCGGAGCAGGAAGAACAAGCCGCACAAUUUGUUUUAACAGCCGCUAAGGCAGCCGCAGCUGCAAUGGCCAUCGUUUCAUUAGGAGCUUCUACAGCAGUGAGCGCGGCUUUACACAUACUUGAAGCUAUCUUAAAGACAGUGAAAAAGAAUAAAGUCGAUUUGACUGAACGACAAAGAACACGUGAGAAACGUACUCGUGACUAUCAGGAAGUAGUUAAAAAACGUGAAAGUGCUCAGUACGUGUCUAAAGUAGAAAAAUGUAAUUUGGACACAUGUCGGCAAAAUCUAAGAGAUAAACAGCAAGAACUGGCGACGGCGAAAGAUAACGAAACAAAACAAAAAGCUGUCGUUGCUGAAGUUGAGAAAAAACACAAUGAUCUUCAACGUCAACAUAAAGAGAUGAAAGAUAAAGUCGCAAAUGCAGAGAAAAAAGUAGAUCAGAACAAAUCAAAAGUACAGACGGCAGAGAGAAAAACAGCAGAACUGAAGACGGCUUCUGAAAAUCUUCAAGUGAAAGCCGUCGAUUCGAAGAAGCUUGCUGAGCAAGCCAAUAUUGAACUUAACAACCUCACUGCUCAACAACAAAACAAAAUUAAAGAAAAAGAUGCAAAACAAACACAGAUCUCGGGUACACAGCAGGAACAAAGUAAUGUUCAACAGCAGCUUACACAGAAACGUGAACAAAUAAAAAGCUUUGAAUCGGAACUAAAACAGAAAGAGAAUGAAAAACUAGUUAUUGAAGGCAGAGUUGCAAAUGCUCGGCAAGCUAUGCUAAUGCUUUCAAAGUCGAUAACUGAAUUACAGUCUGAACUACGUGAACAACAAAAUUUAGAAAAAGAUGCAACAAGAAAAAGAACGGCAAAAGAGACAGAAAAGCAAAAGAAACAAGAUGAAACGAAAACUUUACAGGAAAAGAUAAGCCGUCUCGAAAGUGAACGUAUUCAAUUAGAUCGUAACUUAAAGAAUAGAGAACGAUCAUUAAAUGAACAGGAAAAUCAAAAGGAUCAUUUAACAGAUGGUCUUAAAAUGCAAAAUAAUGAUUUAAAAUCAAAAAAAUCUGAAGUUGCUAAUCAUGAGCAGACACAACUAAGAGUUACUACUAUUCUCGCUGAUAAUAAACGACAAGCAAAAAAUGUUCAGAAAAAAAUGAAUGAAGUAACUACUCAAAUGGAUGAAAAAAGAAUAAUGAAACAAGAAGCUGAGCACAAGUUUAAUGAGUCUAAAAGAAACUUAGAGAGUAAAGAGAAUGAGUUGACUAGACACAGAGAUGAUUUAACAAAGAAAAAACAGGAGUACGAGAAGUCCCGAAACAUACAAAUGAACGAUCAAACUGAAUUGGAUAAAUUACAAAAUCAAAAUAGGGACAUUGACACUAAAAUGUCCACUUGCAUGAAGAAUUUAAAUGCAAGAAAAAUGAACAGUCAACAACUUAGCUGGCAAAUGGGCGUGAAAGAAAAUGAAAUGAGAAAAGGACACCAACAGCGCCAACCGCACCAUCCUCAAAAUUCAAAUAUGAAUCAUCGCCAAGUUAAUGCAAAUAUGAAUGAUCGAGUGCGUGAUAUUGAUAAUCAACGUGAAGAUAUAAUUGUUCGAAGAGAUAGGGUGAGUCGUUAUUGUUUUCUCAUUCAGAGGAGUACGUUCAGUUAAAACCUUCGACUCAUUCUGAGAUAAGUAACCCUGAAAGUCGUUUGUUUGGAAUGUUCGAUAGUUUGGAGAGUGAAUACAGUGUCAUUAACACUUACGAGGGAAGGUUCCCAAGUGUGAAUCAUCGUUUCGAAUGGGAGAGAUCCCAGUUUGUAGAGCUCGACGAGCUGAUUCUAGUGGCAUAAAGCAUUUUCCCCAAUGUUUCUCUAAGAGCCAGUUUUGUAGAAAACCAGUUUUUCGGAAACUUUAGAAAAUAAGCAAAGCGUUUCUAAACGAGACAUAAUUGUAGCGCGCACAUUUCUGAUUAUAAUGAGACAUUCCCCAGCUCUACAUGACGUUUAUUAGCAAAGUUAUAGAAUUUACAAGAAAAGCCCUGAAUUAAGUUCUUCUUAUUUCUGUAGCUUUGAGCCGACAAUGAACAUUUAGGGCUUUUCUUGUAAAUUCUACAACUUUGCAAAUAAACGUCAUGUAGAGCUGGGGGAUGUCUCAUUUUAAUCAGAAAUGUGCGCGCUACCACUAUAUGUUAUUUAAAGACGUAAAGAUUCGAUAAUCUACCUGUAAAGACCACUACUACAAUAGAUACAAAACUUGUUCCUUUACCUAAGGGAAGUCUGGCAGUAACAGGCUGUCUUGAUUGCGGACGAAUCGGUGGUCUUGUAGUGUAAUAUACUAGAAAAGGCUUUUCUUUUUGUGGAUGUGGCCUCAGAAAUAAAGUUAAACAGACCACGAGUGCAAUAUUGAUGACAAUAAUGAAUAGAGCAAUGAGCACAAGUAUUUUGAUAUGCCUUUUAAUUAAACUCUUGAAAUUCUUGGGAAAAUGUUCAUAAACUGGUUCAAGCGGUAAACCAAGUUCCGUGAAGUUCAUGAUAAACACAUAGAAUAAAACGUGGUACGUUCUGAUUGUGUAUAUAGUCAGUCGUCGUUAUAUGAAAUUUUUCGAAGGACUGUGUUUACCUGGAAGUAAACUGUUUGUAAAUAGAACAAUUAACUUUAUGGUAUAACUACUUCAGUACAUUACCUAUGUAAAUAUAUGAAAGGGUAGUAAUAUUGUAAGAAUAAGUUGGAAAAAAUGAAGAAAGUGAUCGUUAAUUGUUGUUUUGUGCAAGACACUGUUACUGAAUCAGAAAAAUCAGAGUUUUUCUGGAUGGAGAAUAGUAGAUGAGAAAGUAGUAAAAAUCAUUUACUAAAACCAAGACUUUUCUAAUUUAGAAACCUUCACUAGUUUAACUUUUAAUUUGGAUAUCAUAAAAUUUCUCACAUUUUGUUUGGCUUUUUGCGCUCUUUCGACUACAUAUGUAGUUCGAAGUUUCGAAAUGAAAAAUAGACACGCAAAUAAUUAGACAGAAUUAUUCCUGCAGGUACAAUGAGUAGAAUGUAGAAAAAAAUUUUCAAAAUGACUUUCGUCAUGGAAAGAUGCGGUCAGGUCUUGGCUUCUAACUGGUGAAGACCGCAAGUAUCUAUCACUUUCCUCUUAAACGUUAUUCAAAAAACAUCCGAGCGCAUUCUGCUUUUUCUGACAAUAGUGCGCAAAACAGAUAUAUUAUCCUAUGGUCAGUAUAAAACUAGCACUAAACAAAAUCUGAACAGGUAAGAUUACAAAAGCCAAACAUGCUUGUUCGAAACUUAUUUAAACUUCGACUUGAAAGUCGUCGAAAAUAGAAUUGUUAUCAUUUUGUGACAUUUCAAAAUCAAAACGUUCAUUUGAUCGAAGUAAAAUCGAAACUAAAGAAAAGCUUUUAUCUGUAUCGUCUGAAUUUAUGGAGUUUUCGUGCUUUGGACGACGUUUUUCAAGCAAAUUUAUUGUGUUCUUUGUGUGUGCGACUUUCUACGUCACCAAUAUUUAGAUUCCACAUACUACUGUAGUUAUCAAUAAAACCCUAAAUAAUAGCAAAAAAAUCAGUACCGCAGAACAGCGUUUAUAAUUCACGUUAAUAGUUAGUCUUAAAUUAGCUUCCUCUUCACUUUUCUCUGCUAUUCUCUCUUUCUAUCCAGUGCUAAACAAAGUGUGUAUUAUUUUCUCGUUCUAACAGAAGUUGAGGCUAAAAUUAUGUAUUUAAAGAAAUACGUGCAGUACAGAACGAGAGAAUAGAGCACAGCUUAAAUCUAUCAACCUGACGGUUGUUCCAACAUUACGUAAACAUUUUUUCUACGCUUUUGAUCCCUCUCUCCCCUAGUAAUCAAAAAGGAUCCUUUAGCCUGCCUUCCAUACUGAUCACGUUAUCAUUCAGACUAUAACUUUUAAUGCACAUUUAAAUAGACUGACUUUAGUCUAGGGUCAUACAAAAUGGUUGUCUGUGUGUGGGUCUUUCUGUGCCCAAAGCACGGAAAAGUAUUUGUUGUAUAUUUCAUGGACAAGCCAAUCAUAAGGAAGAAAAGCAGAAAAAUAUUUUUUCCAGCAUAAGAGAGAAAAUAUUCAAAAACAUUACCUCAAUUGCCUACUGAUGCAGAGACAAAAAGAUUAAGAAAAUAUUUUUCUGUCAAGAGGCAGAUGUCUCUAAAAACGGCUAAUUAAUCUUACAUUAAUGACUCAUUAAUGAGCCAUAAACGCGUCAUUUUUUAUCUCGUUUUCAUCGUCCUGGAUAUUAUAUUUGGAAGAAAUCCACAAAACUUAAUUUACAAACCCCAAGGUUUUUCGGAAGUUUCCAGAAAACGUUUCCCCAAAAAGACGCUUGUUUAAUUUUUUCGAUCGAAUAAUUAUGUUAUACUUACACAAAUAGCUACAUCCCGAAGUUUUCACCUCGUUCUGAUGUGUUUCGAGUGAAUUGUGAAUUUUUUAAUAUUACGUGAAAACAGCUUGAAAACCUGCAUACUGUGAGUUUCCCUAAAAUCUCAUUGUUUUCUUCUUUUUCUCGGUUAGAAGAAAACCAAUCGCGUGCGAGAAACCAUAGCGUCAAGCUAUAUCGAACCGCUUGUAUAACACGAUGUGUUUUUGAUCGGUUUUUAGAAAAAAACAUUAUUUUAUUGCAAAAACAUUUAUUUUGAAUAAGUAUUGCCAAGAGAACGUUUCCAGGUGGUACAUCGCCUUUUGGAUGAAAAAUAGAUUUCUGUGGGUGCUGCACACCAAUCUCAUAUCUGUUGCUGCAACUAGAACACGCCAAAUAGUAAUAGUGAGUAGGAAUAUUUAAGUGAUGGAGCGUGUGAAUUCCCCACCAACUGCGAAUUGGAAUACUAAAGUUUUUCUAACUCUGUGUUA